GGUAAACAGCCCGUAACCCCUUAUUUUUGUAUUGUUUCUAUUUUCUUUUCCCUUUUUUCCUUGAGUUAUGCUAGAGGUACAAACAAUUUUACAAAAAGUCUUACAAAAGGGGUAUGUGGCAUCAUCACAUCAUUUAACACAUCACGUCACAUUUACAACACUUUUACAUCAAUGGUAAUUAGAAUAGCCAUAUCAUUUGUUUGUAAGUUUUUUUGUAAAUGUGUUUAUCCUUCUAGCAUUUUUCUUUUUCCCUUCUUUUCCUUUUUCUAUUUCCUCUUCUUCUCCCCUGGUUCUUACCUGUUGUCCAUCCGCCCCCCUGCAACUCCCUCUCUUCUUCCUUCCAUUUUUUUUCCCGUCUUCUUUCGCUCCUUCUUUCCCGUAAUCAACCCCCUUCUUGUUUCCCUUUUCUUUCUUUUUUUCCUUCUUCACUCUAUUUCUUCUAUCCCACCCAACCUUCUAUAUCCCCUCUUUUUAUGCCCAGAGACCUGACGGGCCAGUGACGGUGACCCUUCCUCUUCUUCAAUGGCAACCAGGGGGCGACUGAGAGUACGACAGAGGCGGCAUAGCUCGACGGCGGCGGCAGAAUGAUGAAGAUGGUUGGGUGUUUUCAUCACAGAACUUGACGGAGAUGGUACUGGCAGAGAUCGACGGUGGUAGAAGAUGCAAAGCUAAAGGGUAAAGAAGGAAGAAAUAAGAGAAGAAAAUAAAGAAAGAAGAAAAGGGAGAAAAAAGUUGCAUAGAAUGGGAGAAUGAAGAAGAAGAAAACAUUUUAUAAAAAGGGGAAAAAGAAGCUCUAAUGCCACACAGACGGCCAUAUCAACCCUUAGAGCAUCUUCGAUGCUACAAUAAUGCUACAAUGUGCACGGUGCACAUGUGGCAUGAGAGAGAGAUACAAAAUAUUGAUUUUAUGACAUUUCUCUCUCAUUCUUUCCACGGUUUUAUGUAUUUUUGGUAAGUUUUUGUCUGCAAUGUCAACCACAAUGUCUACAUUUAGACAUUGUGCUUGACAUUGUGAAGAAAAACUUACCAAAAUGAUGUAAGAUCCUUCAAAUAAGGAGAGAGAUAUUCUAUUUAUUGUUUUUUAAUUGGUUAUUUCUCAUGACACAUAUGCACAAUUAACGUUUUAGCAUUGGAGAUGCUCUUAUAGGAAAAAAGUCAUGUUGACGAUCCACUUAGACUGAUUAACCGGAGAAACCAGUCAACUACCGAAGAAAAGGCAUAUUUGAUCAUUUUUUGACCGUUAGUAGACUUAAUUGAUUGAAUAAAUAGUAG